AUGUCUUGGCAAGGCAAUAAUCGUGUAGCAACACCACCAGAACUCAAUUUCACUCUCAAAACAGAGAGUGACUUUAAUAACCAACCACAUGACUGGCCAAGAAAUGAGAUUCAGUCACAACUACCGACAGAUAUUCUGCUAAUAACAGCAAAUAUUCAUGAAUCGAGUGCUUGUUAUUCAUAUAUGAAACCUGUUCGACAAUGGUAUUGUAAAAAGCUACGUAGAUGUGUAUAUUUUGGUCAAUUUGGCGAUAAUGAUGAUCAGAAUGUGAAAGUUGCAUUGAUGAAAUGUGAACUGGGAUAUAAUGAGGGUAAGUUAGCUAUGAAAAAUGCUGCUGAAAUUUUAAAGCCAAAAAUAGCCCUUUUUGUCGGUACUUGUGCAAGCAAGGAACCGGAGAAGGUAAAACUUGGCGAUGUUGUCAUUUCCGCAAAGUUAGGGACUUAUGAUAGAGAAGUCAUGCCUGAUGGUACAGUGGACUAUCGCGGUGCAAAAGUGAGUGAAACCGUGGCUCCUCUUAUUCUGAGUGCAGCUGAUGGUUGGGAACCACCAUUAAAAGACCUAAAUAGUUUAAACGUCGAGGUUUAUCGUGACGCUGUAAUAUUAAGUGGCUCAGAUGACAAUCAUAAAAGACAAGAAGAUUUAGUGGAUUAUUGCCGAGAUGGACUUGGUCUUGAAAUGAAGAGUGCAGGUAAGUAGAAUUUGACAGCCUGAUAUAAUCAAAUUAGAUUAAAUGUAAAUCGAAUUCAAGAGGAGGGGCGAAUAUUGUUGUAUAUUUCUUGUGAGCUUGAAUAACCCAGAAUGUGAUAAGCCGAAAUAUUCAAAUUGUCCAAUAAACUAACAGCUUUUGUACCGUGUUCAUUGAAAUGAAUAUAACUGGAACGCUACCUUCUGAAGAACUGCCUAACUUUUUCUUGAAGCCAAAUCUGACCCCCCAGACACGCAUGUCUGAAGGUAAGAUCACGCCUGUUUAUAUCAUGUUGGACUAAUUGAACGAUCUUCGCAUGCGUGAAAAGAUUGGGACUAGCUUUCAAGUUUAGCCUCAAACAGAUGGUGUGUCUAUUGCCAUCCCUCACGUGAUUUUAUUGCCACCCAUAUUUUUGAAAAUGGGGGGAUGGGCCAGCUUGGAUUUGAGUGAUUAUAUAGAUUUGCAUUAUACUCACUUCCAUGGCCGUGGUAUACUAUAGUAUACCACGCGUGACGCGUGGACACCAUGCGCUUAGCCUAACGAAAAAUCUGGCGCAUGCAGUGUUGCCUAAAUUACUUUGAAUUUGUACUCGAGUAAAAGUAAAAGUAAAAGUAAUUAACAAUGAAACGACUUGAGUAAGAGUAAAAAGUACUGGAGACAAAAGUAAAAAUUAAGGAGUACUAUGGUCUGUAAGGGGAGGGGGGGACUUCUCCAAUGGAUUGACAUACGAAAGUCAAAACAACACACGCAUUAUAUGCGUGCACCAAAUAUACAAUAUUUCACGUUAUCGGUCUACUUUCCAAACCCCGUUGAAUAAUAAGAAAUCCAUGAAAUAAAUAAUGCUUAUAUAUAACCUUAAUUACCUAUCCCAAAAUUAAUAUAAAUCAGGAAUAAAUCACGUAGAAUACUAUUGUUUGUGAAAACACCACGUAAAUUUACGUGGUUUUUCCACAAGCAAUAUGUGUUUUAUUGCCAUGCAAACCUACAAAGAACUUAAAUCACGUAACAUUAAACAAAAUUUUGAAAGUAACGAAAUACUUCGCCACAAAAUGAUAAUAUUAAUAACGAAGUAAAACGUUACGACUUUGUUCCAAGUAAAAGUACUCCAGAAAAAGUUUACUUUGUUACAUGCUGACUUCUCAAAAAUUGUACUUAAGUACAGUUAUGCCUAGUUUCCAUAUGGUCAUAACGGUGGUAAAGAUCAAGUCUUGAUCUUUCUCAUCAGCCGAAAUACAACUUUUUAGAACUGAGAAUACGCGGAGUAAUUAUAACUAGAGAAUACUUAUGUGGUUUACAGGUAUAAACUAUUAUAAACUGGCCGUUGAGAAAGAUCGUGACUCUAUUUUUACGACCACUAUGACCAUAUGGAAACCAGGCUUAACGAAGGUUAAAUUAAAUUAAGGUGAAGGAUAUGCUCUUUGUUGUAAUCGAUGUAUACUCUCAAUACCCUGAAGUUGAAAUUUUACGCUCCACCUUCACAAAUACAGUCAUCCCGAAACGUAAUCGCUUCUCCGCUCGUGUUCCAAGAUCCGCCAUGUAAAUGUGUAGUGAAAUGUAUCUCAAUACUAAUCGUAAUCAUAGCCAACAGAAGCCUCUGGGGAGGAGAGAGUACCCAUGGUAUUUCAGCUGAAAUCAAAUCUGACAAGGCUUUCCCCGUUUAAAGUCACGUUUUUGCGCAGUAGAUGGGUCUUCGAUAUCAGCAACUUUAACCCCGAGUGGCCAAAACUGGCAAUUCCGAAUCUGAACGUUUCAUGCUAAACCGAAAGCAACGAAUAUUACUCCUCCCAGUUCUCUUCAAGAUGGAUUUCCUAAUGCAUCCGAAUACGACGAGAAAUGGUAUUUCAUUUUGUGCUUAAUAAAUUUUAGAUAUCUAUGCAGCAGCAAAUGAUCUUAAGAUGGAAUGGGCUGUUGUAAAAGGAGUAUCGAGUUUUGCAGGAAGUGGAGACAUGACAAAACCUUGGCAGUCAUUUGCUAGUACAAUGGCAGCAUCUGUCGUAUACAACAUGUUCAAAAACCCUGUUGUGCUAGAAGAUUGGCCUCACAACGAAGAAACGCAAGACGCAAAAGGUAAUUAUUCGUUUUUGAUUGGAAUGAAAUUGCCAUAA